AAGAGAGAGAAACUUGACGGUGGACUUUCAACAAACUUGUUAAUCCAAAUGCCAAUUUUCACCACAUAGCCGACAGCGCACUCCCACUAAACCAAAAAUAAAAAACAGUGGAUAUUUACUCUAACACCUUCAAGAAAGUAGAUCCAAAGUAUGCAGUACUAAAGUAGUAAAUUAAUCACUACCCAUUUUAGCUCACAUCAAUAUGAAAAUCCCCCGUUAACCCAUUACAGUAGAUCCAUUUUGCCUUAUAGAUCUCACUUCCAAAGGUAGAAAAAACCCCAAAAGAAAAAAUGGCAAGGCAAUCUGGGAAUUGUUUAAGAUGUUGUUUAGUGAUAUUUGCUGUAGUUUCUGCACUUUGUGUAUCUGGCCCUGCUAUUUAUUGGAAAUUCAAGAAACUAAGAGUAAAAGCUGCACAAUCUUGUAUGCCUUGUAAUUGUCAUUGUUCUCCUCCUCUUUCCCUUCUUGAAGUUGCUCCUGGCUUGGCCAACCUUACAAUCACAGACUGCGGGAAAGAUGAUCCAGAUCUUAAGGAAGAGAUGGAAAAACAAUUUGUGGAUUUAUUAUCCGAAGAGCUGAAAUUGCAGGAGGCUGUCGAUAAGGAGCACGUCCAUCAUAUGAACAUCACCUUUGUGGAGGCGAGAAGGUUAGCUAACGAGUACCAAAAGGAGGCCGAGAAAUGCAUUGCCACAACCGAAACUUGUGAAGUCGGGAGAGAAAGAGCUGUCGUGUUGUAUGCCAAGGAAAAAAAGUUGACUUCCCUCUGGGAGAAAAGAGCGCGCCAAGCUGGUUGGAAAGGAGAAUAAAAAACCCCACCGGUGAAGAACUCUUUUUUAGUUUCAAAUUUUGUUGUCCACUUUGUAGCUUUACGUUAGUUGUAUUCUCUCUAUGAGCACAAAAUUGCUCAUAUUUCUUCAUCUAUAUAUGUAUUUACUUACUCUCUUGUACCCUGUCAUGAUCAUAUGAAAUAUAAACUUUCCCAUUAUAGUUCCA